AUGUAUAGUCGAUUCUUUACCCAUGGUAGAAUAUUGUUUCGACAACUCUCAGCCAAACGAUCUUACAUUGCUCCAGCUGUCGGAACAACAGUUGCUGGUGUUUUCUGGGGAUCAGCUCCAAAGAAGGAUGAAAAACAAGUAGUUCUAGAUGUUAUUAAAGAUGCUGAUAUCUUCUACAAUCAAUACAUGAUUGAUAAUGCAUAUGGUUUGUUAAGAAAGUAGGUAUUUGUGAAUUUGUUCGUUUGUUAGUUAUAUUUUGUGCACUAAAGCAUAUUGUUGUAGGUUCCGCAAGUCUGAUGAUCCGGAAAUGUUGUGGAGAUUGGCUAGAGUAAUAUGUGAACAAGGAAAAGGUUGUGCUAAUAAAGAAGAAAAGUUGAGGUUGUUCAAGGAAGCGUUGGAGUACGCAUCAAAGGCUUUAUCGAAUUCAGAAGCCGGUGGUUGUUUUGGAGCUAACAAAUGGUAUGUUAACUUGAUCUAAAUUGAGUAUUUUAUAGGUAUGCUAUCAUCCUUAACUACGUCAGUGAAUUGGAAGGGACAAAAGCGCAGAUCAAAGCCAGUUUGGAUGUGAAAAGACAUCUGGAGAGAGCUGUGGAACUGAAUCCUAUGGAUGCUACCAGUUGGAUGAUUUUAGGUAACAUUUUUUUAUUUUUUUUAUUUUUUACUAUUUUUAAGCCUUCUUUUAUAUCAUAAUCGUUUUUUAGGAAUGUGGCAUUACUCGUUUGCCAACCUAGGAUACGCUAGCCGUUUGGCUGCAAAAGCCAUUUACGGCUCUCCACCAUCCUCAACAUACGAAGAAGCCUUACGAAACUUUGAAAGGUGAUUAAAUUCGAUCAACUUUAUCAUUGUUUGCCUGGAGGUAUAUCAAUUGUUUUAUUUCAGAGCUGAGCUGAUCCAACCUCAAUUUUCAUCUUCCAACAACUUUUACCUUGGUCAAUGUUAUGAACAACUAGGAAGAAAAGAGGAAGCUGUACGUGAAUAUCAAAAGGCAUUUAACGCUCCUUGUGUCAGCGUCGAUGAUAAUGAAUAUCACCAAAAGGUAAUAGUGUUAUUAUACUAGGAUGUUUAAUAAUCCUGGUUGCUAUUGCAGUUGUUACCUAUUUCAUGUAUAUGUUAAUUCAUGAUUUUAGGCAUUCGAAAAGCUGAAAAAGCUGGGCUUCAAUCCUGCAACUCUCACAAAUUGA